AUGAUCCCAUCUAGUAGCCAGAGCAUUGAAACACAACCAUUAUAUAUUGAAGAUCAGAUAUCGAAUGUUCUACAGUACAAGCCUGAAGUGUCUCAAUAUGAUCACAGACCUGGGACUAGACUGACAAAUAAUUACCCAAAGAAUAUUUACCGAGGUGACGCGCCAGGUCAGAGUCAAUAUUUGAGUUACGGUGACACCCCAUCAGCCUUGACUAAGGAAGAGACUUUAGCAGAAAUUAUCUAUGGAAGUCAGACACAAAUUGCUACAGCAACUCCACAAAUUUUUGGUAACGAAAUAUCCAAUGCCAAAGAGUAUCAGUAUAGUGGUGAAUUAGUGCCUCCCACUGUUCCUAAAGGCCACUUAGUACCACCGCCAUUGUAUUCGGCUCAGAUGUACCAAUCACCAGUUUUUUCGCACGGAAGUCCUUUGAUUCCUUCCCAGAUUUUGGGAAGUCCGGUAAAUGGCUAUUCUCCGAGUACCCAAAUACAGAUGCUUGCAAAUGGAAAAUUCAUACUUAAAUCCGGUACGUAA